AUGAUAAAGAUAACACUUUUAAGGAAUUUAAAUAGUAAUUUUUCAUCCAAAACUCGUAAAUACGCUCGUAACUUUUCUUCAUCUAGCGGUUUUUCCGAAAUUGUUAUGAAAGUUUUGUCGAACUAUAAGUCAACGAAGGUUAAAAAUGUUUUCGUACUUGAAAAGAUAACGAAAUAUGACUUGGAGAUUCAAAAUGGCUUAUCGCCAUCUCAAAUCUAUAAAACAUUCCCAUUGGCUUAUAACACACAUCUAAAGCAUAAGAAGAUUAUGAAGUCAUUGAUUUAUCAUUUGAAAAAUGUUUAUAACCUUGAAACACAAGUUGUCAAAGCACAGUCAAAGGAGCUCUUACCAUUUGAAGGAUCGAAAAAUACUGAGAGAAUUAGACCAGACCUACUAAUUGCAGCAGGAGGUGAUGGAACGUUCCUAGAGGGAGCAUCAUUGAUACCAGCAGAUCAACUUUCCGAUAAACCAAUCUGGCUGGCAGGACUUAACACAGACCCUGAAAGGAGUAUGGGAACUUUAUGCAUGUCAUACUUCGGCCCAAAAAACGAACAACAUUUUAACUGUGGAUACUAUGACUAUGAAAAAUGCCAACCAACAUCUAAAGAUAGUUCAAGCCCUUCAAAAUCCGAUUCACCAGACCAAUCCUAUGAUUCUAGCAUCUUUUAUAAGAAUUUGAAAGAGUUUUGUAGUUAUUCCUAUAACCGAAUUAGUGAGAAGAGACUACAUUUUGAUGAUCCAAGUCUGUAUUAUGCAGAAGAUAACUCCCAAAUUCCAGUUAAAGGGGACGAUGUACUAAUUACCUACGACCAGUACGUUCGAGUGUUGUUGGAUAACUUGUUGAACUUUAAUUUACAUCCGAUACCAAGGCAAAGGUUAAGGUUUAAACUGUUCAAAAGGAAGAUGCUAAACUUCAAUAGGUUAAAAUCCGAUGAAAGCAACGAAACCUCAACCAAUUGUUUCGACAAUAGUGUGAUUGAAAAAAUACUUGUGAGAAACGCAAGUUCAAGCUUUGAGGAGAAGGAACUAAUCAAUGACUACCAUCCCUCAAACACAGAUUCAUACUCGUUACCCUACGGAAUCGUUAACGACGUUAUGAUAACAGGAGAAGACUUUGGAAAGUCCUUUUAUUCAAUAGUUCAAGUGGAUGAUAGGCCUUUGAAAAGAGUAAAGUCCUCUGGGAUUCUCAUAACUUCCGGGACAGGGUCUACAGCCUGGGCAUACAACAUAUCGAAAAUUAAUUUUUUCAAGGGAACCAGUUUGAUUAAAUGUCUACUUGAGCACCCAGAUGUUCCAAAAUCACUGGAAAAGGCCAUUAGUAACCAGAUACACAUUUAUGAUGAAAUAAUCAAGGAGUCUAUUGACUGUUUUAACCAUAAGCUAAAGAUGGACCCAUCCAGUUCCGUUAUGAGGUGCUUAAUCCGAGAGGAAAUAUCAAACAAGACAACUGACGAAACGAGUUUUUACAGCUGUAAACAAGUAAAGGUGGUCCCUCUUUGUAAAAAUGCAGUCGCGUGUGCGGAUGGAUCCACAAGAGUUAAACUUGAUUACGGCGACGUGGCUCUAAUCAAGACCUUUGAACGUGACUUGAUUUGGUCAUUAAUAUGA